AUGCUGACUAACUUUUCCCCAAGUGCCAAACAACAAAAACGGCUUCGGUUUGCACCUGUGAAAACAUUCAGUUACUCAUCAUUGGCAGGCCGUGUUUCGCACUCAAAAGACGAAUAUGUCACUCGAAACAAACCGCCUUUAACUUCGUCGAUAUGUUUCUCUCAUCAGGCUUAUUUUCGCCCUCUUUCUCUUCCCUCUUUAUCUCUCCCUCUCUCUCCCUCUUUCUCUAUCCCUCUCUCUCUCUCUCUCUCUCUCUCUCUCCGUCUCUUCAUAUCUCCUUCUCUCCCUCCUUCUCUCCUUCUAUCUCUCUUUCCAUCUCCCUCUCUCUCCUCUUUCUCUCUCCCUCUCUAUCCCUCUAUGUAUCCUUCCUUUCAUCUCUCCCUCUCUCUCGCCUUCUAUCCCUCUCUCCCCUCUUUCACUCUUCUCUUCUUACUCUAUCCCUCUCUACCUCUCUCUCCGUCUCUUCAUCUCUCCCUUAUUCUCUCCUUCUCUCUCUCUUUCCAUCUCCCUCUCUCUCCUCUUUCUCUCUCCCUCUCUAUCCCUCUAUGUAUCCUUCCUUUCAUCUCUCCCUCUCUCGCCUUCUAUCCCUCUCUCCCCUCUUUUAACUCUUCUCUUCUUACUCUAUCCCCUCUCUACCUCUCUCUCCGUCUCUUCAUCUCCCCUUAUUCUCUCCUUCUCUCUCUCUUUCCAUCUCCCUCUCUCUCCUCUUUCUCUCUCCCUCUCUAUCCCUCUAUCUAUCCUUCCUUUCAUCUCUCCCUCUCUCUCGCCUACCAUCCCUCUCUCCCCUCUUUCACUCUUCUCUACUUACUCUAUUCCUCUCUACCUCUCUCUCCGUCUCUUCAUCUCUCCCUUCUUCUCUCCUUCUCUCUCUCUUUUCAUCUCCCCCUCUCUCUCCCUCUCUCUAUCCUUCCUUUCAUCUCUCCUUCUCUCUCGCCUUCCAUCCCUCUAUCGCCUCUUUCACUCUUCUCUUACUCUAUCCCUCUCUACCCCUCUCUCUCUCUCCGUCUCUUCAUCUCUCCCUUCUUCUCUCCUUCUCUCUCUCUUUCCAUCUCCCUCUCCUCUAUCUCUCUCCCUCUCUCUAUCCUUCCUUUCAUCUCUCCCUCUCUCUCGCCUUCCAUCUCUCUCUCCCCUCUUUCACUCUUCUCUUACUCUCUCCCUCUAUAUCCCUCUCUCUAUCCUUCCUUUCAUCUCUCCCCCUCUCUCGCCUUCCAUCCCUCUCUCCCCUCUUUCACUCUCCUUUUCUUACUCUAUCCCUCUCUACCCCCUCUCUCUCUCUCCGUCUCUUCAUCUCUCCUUUCUUCUCUCCUUCUCUCCCUCUUUCCAUCUCCCUCUCUCUCCUCUUUCUUUCUCCCCCCUCUCUCUUCCUCUCUCUAUCCUUCCUUUCAUCUCUCCCUCUCUCUCGCCUUCCAUCCCUCUCUUCCUCUCUCCCCUCUUUCACUCUUCUCUUCUUACUCUAUCCCUCUCUACCCCUCUCUCUCUCCGUCUCUUCAUCUCUCCCUUCUUCUCUCCUUCUCUCUCUCUUUCCAUCUCCCUCUCUCUUCUCUUUCUCUCUCCCCCUCUCUCUCCCUCUCUCUAUCCUUCGUUUCAUCUCUCCCUCUCUCUCGCCUUCCAUCCCUCUCUCUUCUCUUUCUCUCUCCUCUUACUCUAUCCCUCUCUCUGUCCUUCCUUCUAUCUCUCUCCUUCCCUCCCUCUUUCCCACUCUCCCUCUCUUUCCCUCACUUUUGUGAGUCAUUCGCUCACCAUAUUCCUCUUCUUUUCGACAUUUACUGUCCAAUGGAUCAACACUUGGACUCUCUCUCUCUCUCUCUCUCUCUCUCUCUCUCUCUCUCUCUCUUUGUUUCUUUCUGUUUUUCUUUCAGUUUUUUCUUCAUUUUUCUGCAGUUUUUUUCUUUAAGUUUUUCUUCAGUUUUGUCUUCGCUUUCUUUCUUUCAAUUUUUCUUUCAGUUUGUCUUCAGUUUUUACUUUCAGUUUUACUUCAGGUUUUUCUUUCAGUUUUUUCUUUCGGUAUUUCUUCAGUUUUUCUUUAAGUUUUUCCUCAGUUUUUUCUUCGCUUUCUUUCAAAUUUUCUUCCGUUUUUCUUUCAGUUUUUCUUCUUUUUGUCUUCAGUUUUUCUUUCAGUUUUACUUCAGGUUUUUCUUUCAGUUUUUAUUUUCAGUAUUUCUUCAGUUUUUUCUUCAGUUUUUCUUCAGUUUUUUUCUUUCUGUUUUUUCAGUUUUUUCUUUUCCUGUUUUUUUCAGUUUUUUCUAUUUCUCAACUUACGGUUUCUUUUCUUUCGGACACACGCAUUCCUUUUGGUCACGAUUGAAUAGUUUGCGAUUGAAACACUCUCUCUCUCUCUUCUUUUCUUUCUCUCUCUCUCUCUCUCUCUCUCUCUUUUCUCUCUCUUUCUCUUUUCUCUCUCUCUCUUUCUUUUCCUCUCCUUCAUCUUUUUCCAUUCUUUCUUCUCACGUUUUUCUUUUCCUACGUGUUCUUCUUUCCCCUUCCCCCAUUUAUUCGCCUAUCCUUUCACUUCUUCUUCUUCUUCUUCUUCUUCUUCUUCUUUUUAUUUAUUCUCUUUCCUUAAUCUUCCUUCCUCUAAUCUCAUUUUCUUUCUCGUUCUCAUUCCCCUUCCCACAAUUCUUUUCCUUUUUCUUCGAUACAUAA